AUGAGGAUAUUAGUUUCUUGUGGACUACUGCUGUUAAUAGUCUUCGUGAGAGCCGAUGGCUACGGUGGGGGAGCUGGAUGGGAGGACGACGUCUACCUUGUAAAGAAGAUUAAAAAAAUUGUUCCCGUUCCCCAUCCUGUGCCUGUUCCCAAGAUCAUUCCUAUUCCCAAGCUUGUGAAAGUUUUCAAACCUUUAGCUAUAGGCCACCCCGUCAAAGUUCCGCACAUCAUCCAUAAAUUUCACCACAUCCCCAAGGUUGUACCUGUUGGAAAAAUCGUCCCUAUCUACAAGUAUAUUCCCAUUCCUACUCAUGUUAGAUAUCCAGUACCAGUCAGAGUACCUAAGCCUUACGUUGUUCACGUUCCAAAACCAUUCCCUGUAAAAAAGCAUGUACCAGUGCAUAUUCCUGUAAAAAUACCAAAACCUGUCGUCGUGCCUGUACACAAGGAAGUUCCGGUCCCUGUUCAUGUGAAAGUUCCAGUUGAAGUUCCCAUUGUGAAAAAAAUCCCUUAUUACGUCAAGAAGCCUGUACCGAUCUAG